UUUCGGAGCCAGUCGACAGUCGUCAGCCGUCGACCGUGUGCAUACACCGCGCGUAUCGUGCUCCGCGUCCAACCGGUGUACGGUUUUUCGUGUUUAGUUUGAUAAUCGUAAUAUCGCGUGUUAAAAUUAGAAAUCGUAAUUAUUAUUUUUAUUUCACUGGCCGAAUAAUAAAUCGAAAAUCGCCGUCGACGGUUUCAGCGAUAAUUUAGUAAUAAGUGYCAGUGCGGAUUUAAGAUAUUAUAUUGUUGUUAUUUUCUCACCGUUAGUUGUUAUUAAUGUUGUURAAAAAAUAAAACGAUUGUUACUUUCGUGCGUUGUGAUUAAAUAGUAAUAUACGCUUAUAGAAACAAAAUCAUUGGAAUGAUAUAAUGACAGCGCUAGCUCGUUCUAUUUGAUAAUUAUUGAACAGUGGUGGAGAUGACUGCUUACGCCACUACCAUCAUGUCGAUGGUCGCUUUGAUGCUGUCGAGUAUGCUGGCGUUGUGCGGCGCCGAAGAACUGGGACUGGUGGACGCCGGCGCCAACGCCGUGGUCAACCAUAACCAGGUGAUGUGCGAAGACGUACGAAUGAAGUGCGCGUUCGGCCCGGGCUGUUCGAUGGCGUUGCACAACUACUUCGCCAAGUGUGACAGGAUGCUCCAGGCCGACUCGACUACGUGUCCCGAAUCGUGUCUAUACGCGCUGGUCGCGCUCUUAUCCACCGAAGACGGAAAACGGAUGUUGGAUUGCACGUGUCGGGACCGCUACUGCGAGGAGAUGAAGGCCCGCGUGGAGGUUUGUCGGCCGUUUGUUUUGGAAGCGUCCAAGAACGAGACAGUGGUGCCGUGUGAGCUGGCCAAUUGGGUGUGCACAGUGGACCCCGUGUGCUCGGCGGCACUAGGCUACUUUCAAACGUACUGCAGACGGAUGAUGCUCGGCGUGGCGUGCACGGAGCGGUGCCUUAACUCGGUGGAGAUACUUCGGCGACAGGAGAAGGCRGCCAAGAUGAACCGGUGCAGGUGUACCGGUAAGUCAGCCGUCGACUGUCUGCGCCAAAAGGAGCGCAUGGUCAGGCUGUGCUACGGUGGCGAGGCGGACCCACGGCUCCAACAGCAGGCGGGAACUGGUGGCGGCGGUGGCAACAAGUCCGGUGGCCGAAAGAACCGGAAAAAGCACCGGCCCAAGAUGUUCGACCUGGACCCGGACCGAACCGAGGUGGAAAUGAUGAUGGCCAACGCGGACUACCAGCCGGACGUCCGGAACAGAUAUAACGCGACGGACUGCGUCGGCUGUGACGAUGAAGAAAUAGACGACGACGAGGACGACGACGAAGGGUCAGGGUCUGCGACAGACUUACUUCCAGGAACGCUACUUGUGGUGGCUGCGUCUGUUUACCUAGUCUCGCGAUGAUGAUCUUCACUAUAUUGCAGCGUCACGGAUCAAGAGUACACGCGCGCGGGUACGUGAAAGUUUUUUCGUGCGUUCGGAAUGCGUUUUUCCGUUUUUGUUAUAUAUACCUAAUUUUCUCAUUAUUUUUCGUGUUUUUUUUUUUGUAUCAUUAUUAUUUAUUCGUAGAUCGGAUCGAUUGAAGCGUACUACAGUUCGCUAGCACUCGGGCCUAAUAUUUUUCGGAGGCUUGUUUUCUCGAGAUUUAAAAAAUAAUAACAACUUGGGGGGUAGAAUAUUUACGGAUAGCGCCGCCAGAACGGCGCUUGUUAACUGAUAUACCAGACUGAAAUCAAUUCGUUGAGUCGAAUAAGCUCGUCGAAAAUUAUCCCCAGAUCACGAUGUCGAUACACAGCUUACUUGGUGUAUUGUGCUAUCGAUUUGUAUAAUUUCUUCUUUUUCGAGAAUAUUAUCAUCAGCUCGCAUCUUUUAUUUAUAUAUUUUUUUGUUGUUUCCAACGAUGCGCGUUCAUCAAAAUCUAUAUAUGGAUUGUGAUUAAAGACUUUUACGAUAUAGGUACUUAUAUAUUACAUAUAAUUCUAGGAGGUUAUAUUGCGUGUAUAUAAUAUUAUGUUAAUAUUAUAAUCGCUUUACAUUCAGCUGCGUAUUGUAUACAUCCAUGCAGUGUUUGUAUGAUAUUAUUGUAAUUUGUACAUACCUAUUCAAUAAUAAUAAUAAUAAUAAUAAUUAAAUAUGCUUAAAAAAUUAUAUUUUUAAAUCUGUGUGUAUAUUAUUAUCGAUCGAUCACUAUUUGGUACAAAGUCGUUUUUUGUAUAGUUUAAUAUUGCUAUAUAUU